GCUUUUACUGUAUUUACUGACAUACUAAUAUAUCGCAUCUAAUUCCAAAUUCGAUAAGAUUUCUGGGGUCCAAAUAUGUAAUACGUAUUUUUCUGUGGGAAAAGAUGGAAGGAACAAACCACCAGCCAAUUAAGUGCCGACCAUUAGGUUUACCCUUACAUUAAUAUACCAAUCAAGAUGCUUUAAUUUUUUCACCUACCACGCACUUUAACCUUUAUCCUUUCUUCUUCCUCACAGCUAUCCCAAAGUCCAAACUCCAAUCAUCAUCUUCAUCUUCAAUCUAGUUCUUCUCUGCCACUUUCAUCAAGAUUCUUGAUUUCCAUAAACAGAUCAGAUUUACCAUUUCAGAAUAUCUGAAUCCAAAAAAGAAACUCCCUUUUCUAUUUAUCAAAAAUUGACGCUGUUGAGAUAUGAAUAUUUCUUACCCUAUUACUUUGAAGGAACAAUAGUGUAACAAAAAGGUUCAUUCCAAUUUGGACAAGCGCUUCUACUAAAGCUAGGAAAGUGAGUCAAACCUUUCGGCCCUCCAAGACCAAGAGCUCAUUUCAAGAUAGCAGAAAAUAUGGAACCGCCACCAUCAGGGGUAAAGGCUCGAGCUUUAGAUAUUCCACUUUAUGAGAUUGGCUUUGAGUUCGUAGAAAUCACACCCCGCAAACUCACCGGCCGUCUUCCUGUGACCGAAAAGUGUUGCCAGCCAUUCAAGGUGUUGCACGGUGGAGUUUCAGCUCUGAUAUCUGAGGCUUUGGCAAGUAUGGGAGCACACAUGGCUUCUGGUUUUUCGCGAGUGGCUGGAAUUCAUCUUAGCAUACACCAUCUCAAGAGUGCUCAAAUUGGGGACCUUGUUUUUGCUGAAGCUGCACCAGUCAACAUUGGCAAAACUAUUCAUAUUUGGGAAGUUUGUCUUUGGAAGAUUGAUUCAAACAAUGAGGAAAACAAGACUUUGAUAGCAUCAUCAAGAGUCACCCUUAAGACCAACAUGUCUGUACCUGAUAAUGCCAAAGAUGCUGCUGUCAAUCUCAAGAAAUAUGCUAAGUUAUGAUCAAGUUCAGUUGAGUUUGUUUGCAGCAUAUUCGAUUGUAUAAGCAAAACUGUAGAGAGUAACAAGGCAAUAAAGUAGAGCAAAGAGUAUUAUUGGGUGUGCAAAACAUGUUGUGAACCCCUUGCUAUUGUUUGUCCUGAUAAGUUGUUUUGAAUACCCAAAAAAGAGUAAAAACUACAUUAUCUGAUGA